AUGUGCUGUGACUUCUGCUGUGAUCUGUACCGUUGUGUUUCAGUUUCACCUAUGAAUCAGGCAAUGUUCUCAGUUAGCGGUGAAAGUUCCUCCUUCGUUGUUGAUAUAGAAAACCGGACAUGCACAUGUAGGAUGCUUCAAGUUGAUCAACUACCUUGUCCACAUGCUUUGGCUGUGUUUGCGAGUAUGAAGAUGGAUCCAUAUGAAUACUGCUCCUACUACUACACAAGUGAAGCGUUCAGAAAUACAUACCAAGAAACCAUUUUUCCGGUAGGAAAUCCAGCUGAAUGGACAGUGCCAAAUGAUGUCCAUGACAUAGUUGUAAUUGCACCUAAUCAAAAGCGAAGUUGUGGAAGGCCUACUGAGAAGAGAUUCAGAGCAGCGUACGAGGAAAACAUAACCGUCAAAUGUGGUCGGUGUGGUGAAAGUGGUCACAAUCGUAGAACAUGCAGCAGCUUAGUUCUGUUGAGUCAAAGCAACAAGAAUAAAGAGAGAAAGAGGAUGAAGACUGGAAAUGUACAUUGA